UUUCUUCAGUCCCCAUACGAUUAAUUGAUUUAUUAGACUUAGGUUGAAAGUGGAUAUUUUUAGCCGAAUUCCCCACAUCAGCAGCCUGCCCGUUGCUCGCUCUUCCCAAGCCUUUAGCGCAGUCGGAAUCAGCUGAUCAAUACAAGCCCUCAGGCUGGAGGGAUCCGAUGUGAGGGCUUGCCACAAACGCACGAUUUUCCAUCUGACGAAGUGGUCAUUCUAUAACAGCCAGUCCGGUCACUAAGCAUCAGCGUUCACCUCCAUCACUUCCGGGUUCCUGGAAGUCUUCGAGGAAGGAGCGACCAAACUACGUGCAUAUUGGUUGCUUCAGAUGCGCCGAGAUCUUCCGCGGAGGAACACAAACUAUCAGCUGCAGUGACACGGUGACCUCGUCACAACUGGAUGAGUUCUAGCCAGUCCGCUCUUAUAUGUCGUUGUUGCGUCCUAUUCCAGAGCGUGCUGUCCAGGUGUACUAGAAGAGAAGUCAACUUUUACAGAUACGAGCUGAACUGAAGAUGAGCGGCUGUAAAGUUGUGUUCGCUGCCGAUCUAAGUGAUCAUAGUGACUACGCGUUCCACUGGUACAUUGACAACUUCCAUCACCCAGACAACAAGGUGAUAAUUGCCACCUGUCCGGAGUACUCUGUGGGGUCGGGAGAUUCGUCCCCGGCCCGGAUCGAGGAGAUGAUCCUGGAGGUGAACGGCAAGACCGAGCAGCUGAAGGCCAAAUACCUGGAAGAGAUGAACAAGUAUGGGGUGACAGGCGAGGUGAUGGUUCUCGAUGACAACAAGCCAGGCCACGCCAUCUGCAAUCUGGUUAAGAAGAUGGACGCUACGUACGUGGUGACCGGCACGAGAGGUCAUGGUAAAAUCCGACGUACCAUUCUCGGCAGCGUCAGCGACUACAUCCUCCAUCAUUCGCAAGCGCCGGUGUUGGUGUGUAGGCACAAGGGCGGUGACAAACCCAGGCCUAGUCACUAGGCGAUGUAGUCCGCCGUCAGUGGUGGACGGUGACUGCAUGAACUUGUUGAGGGCGGGGAUACUGUAUGUGGCGGCACUACUUCCGCUGCACUGAUGCUGUUGAUGAUGUUGAUGAUGUUGAUGAUGUUAUUGUUACUUCUCACUCACCCCGCCUCAUCCACUCUAGAUCUUUAACCUACUUUAACCAUGAAACAUACAAAACACGGAUACAUUCGGGUUGAAUUGGCCCCAAGCAACCUAAGCUUGUUGUAGGAGUUGACUAAAAGGAUCGGGUGGUCAGAAUCAGUGACUUGGUUGAUGUCGAGUUAACGUACCCCGACGGCGUGACUCGUUGCUCACAAUAUCAAUCACUGGAAGUUCUGGAAUAUUGACGUGUUCAACAUCAGACAAACAACCAAAACAUGGAUUUCAUAAUAUGUCAGGCUUUUGUUUGCAAUGAACUGACCAAUUUCAUAAGAAUUCUCACCUUAGACCACGCUACCGCUACACCAACGAUCUAAGGACAUCCCGUUGUAGGUCACGUCGGAACGAUAUUUCGCGAACUUUGACCGACCAAUGAAAUGACUAACAUGAAGUCGACAUUAGCCAAUCAGAAAUUAUCUUUCUCGAGCUUUACGGCACCAAAUGGCGACUUCCGUGACGGACUCCUUUUUGAUAAAUCCUUUGACAAAUUUCUCGAUUCAGUUUGAAAAGUGAACAAUUCUGGACACUGUAAGGCAGUACGUACCACGGACUAUGGAAAGUACCUUCCGUUUCAAGUUAUAUCCUAAGAUGCGAGUGGUAGAUUAUGUCUACCAUUCGGAAUCAGUCGUACGCCGUAACUGUCGUUCGGAAUACCCCAUAUUAACCUUCUCGAGGUUGCGUGAUUAAAAACACAUCGGGACUUUCGCUAUCGCGAUCUCGUCUAGCGACGUUCUGUUUAAAUAGUCGGUCGUUCCUUGUUCCUGGGAUAUCCUCAGAUCUUUGUGGAGCUGUAGCGAGCACUGAUUUUAAUGAAAUUGUGAACUGACUGGGCUCUUGCGCUUACAAGAAGGUCCAGCCAGACACCACUGUGUCACACUUACAGGCCCUACACAAUCUCCAUAUGAGGAUAAGUGACGUUCCUAAGAUUAACCUGAAAAUGUCUUCAUGUUUCACUUGAGCCCUGAAAAUGUCAGCUUUAGAUCAAAUAACUCAAUUCAUUGACAUUUAACUUACAUAACGAUGCUUCACUUGACAGACUGUUUUAUCAUGUACCUGAAAAGAAAUUUCUUCAAAAAGGGCUUCUACCAUAUGAGACCCACCAGGAGAAUAGGGACCUUAUGGAUGCUAGGAUACAAUUGUGCUGUGACGUCACAAAGAAAGACGUUUAACGUCAACUUAAUUACGUAAAAAUCGCCAUGUGUGCGGAAUGUACAAAAUAUCGCAUUUUUCUCUUGAGUUCGUACUUAUGUAUUAUUAAUAUUAUUAUUAUUAUUAUUAUUAUUAUUAUUAUUAUUAUUAUUUCAAAACAUUUCAGCAUACAUAUCUACUUUCCAUUGAUCAGACAUAAUAUCUAGAAACUGCAAUGCUUACAGUUUUACGCCUGAAAAUGGGACUUUGCAGAUAAUGAGUCCAAAUGUUGGAUGCCGUGUAUCUCUGUAAUAAAUAUGAAUUGAAGCUUG